GGGUCGGUCACAUGACCUGCUUGCGUGGUCACGUGACAGCGCGACGCAGCGGCUGCUACUUCCGGACUGAUUCCGCCGCUGCGGACUGUCGCUCAGCUCUCAGCACAGAAACACGAGGCGGGGAAGGUGAACGAGAUGAACAGCGAAAACUUCACCCUGAGUGAGAAGAUCGUGUCGGCCUCCUACAUUCGACAGGGGUCUCAGGCGCGACGCGGCCACGAGCAGCUCAUCAGACACUUGCUGGAGCAGGGCAAGUGUCCGGAGGAGGGAUGGAGCGAGAGCACCGUAGAGCUCUUCCUGAACGAGCUGGCUGUGAUGGACAGCAACAACUUCCUCGGCAACUGUGGAGUGGGGGAGAGGGAAGGCCGGGUGGCGUCCAGCCUUGUGGCGAGACGACAUUACAGGUUGAUCCAUGGCAUCGGUCGGUCGGGUGACAUCGCCGCUAUUCAGCCCAAAGCGGCAGGAUCCAGUCUGCUGAACAAGCUGACCAACUCAGUUGUGUUGGACAUCUUAAAGCUCACAGGUGUGCGCAGUGUGGCAAGCUGCUUUGUCGUCCCCUUGGCAACAGGUAUGAGCUUGACCCUGUGCUUCCUGACCCUUCGUCAUCGGAGGCCCAAGGCUCGCUACAUCCUUUGGCCUCGCAUCGACCAGAAGUCCUGUUUCAAAGCCAUGAUCACAGCAGGUUUUGAACCGGUGGUGGUGGAGAACGUUCUUGAGGGCGACGAGUUGCGCACCGACUUGGAAGCAGUUGAGCGGAAGGUCGAGGAGCUUGGCGCCGACAACAUCCUGUGUGUCCAUUCGACAACGUCCUGCUUCGCCCCGCGAGUCCCUGACAGGCUGGAGGAGCUGGCCACUAUAUGUGCCAAAUACGACAUCCCCCACAUAGUUAACAAUGCGUAUGGCGUACAGUCGUCCAAAUGCAUGCACCUUAUACAACAGGGGGCUCGUGUUGGGAGAAUCGACGCCUUUGUCCAGAGCUUGGACAAGAACUUCAUGGUACCAGUAGGUGGCGCCAUAAUAGCAGGUUUCGAUGAGUCCUUUGUACAGGAGAUUAGUCAGAUGUACCCAGGUCGAGCUUCAGCCUCGCCCUCCCUUGACGUCCUCAUCACCUUACUGACUCUGGGAGCCAGCGGCUACAAGAAACUCCUGUCAGAAAGAAAGGAGAUUUAUUUGCUCCUGGCUCAGGAGCUGAAGAGUCUGGCCUCUGCACACGGGGAGAGAUUGCUUCACACCCCACAUAACCCCAUUUCACUGGCCAUGUCUUUGGAUGGUCUCCAGGCCGACAGCGACAAAGCAGUGACUCAGCUGGGCUCCAUGUUGUUCACCCGGCAAGUGUCCGGAGCCAGGGUAAUACCGCUGGGCAAGGAGCAGACCAUAAGCGGCCACACUUUCCACGGCUUCAUGUCGCACUCAGACGCGUACCCCUGCCCCUACCUCAACGCUGCCUCUGCUGUGGGCAUCACCCGAGAAGAUGUGACGCUGUGCAUCAAACGGCUCGACAAGUGCCUGAAGACCCUGAGGAAAGAGUCCAAUGUGGCCAAGAGCAGCUCCGUGGUGCCCCCAUCCCGCUGCGACGACACACCGGGAGAAUGACGCAACGAAAACGACAACAUUUCCAGACGUACACAAAAGCCAUUUUUAGACAUGAUGGAGAAUUGGGUCCUGCCUUUCACACAUGAACUACGCAGCAGGACAUUCUCAGACGUGUCCACAACAGCAAAGGAAUCUCCGGGGCGCUCAGGCGAGUUGUGGCGCAGCAGGCAGAGGCAGGAUGUAACGUAUAAAUUCCGCUGCAGAGAUCACAUGUUUUUGUUUAUCGCAGAUCGACACCGGCGUCGGCGCUUAUCACCAAAAGCUAUUUUGACAUCCUUGUCGGUGUCUCCUCCGUGUAUGGCACUUCUUUUUCAUCCUGAGAUACUUUACGUCUGUCGCGUGUUAGAAACGUCUUCAUCGCUCCAACUCACACACGGUGAAUCCUGCGGUCGUUCUCCUGCUGCGAUCUUACAUCAUCUCCGUGGGAGAUUUUGCUUGGGGGGGCUGGCCGCAGGAAAGUCCGGACGCUCUCAGUCGGACAUUUGUGUUCUCACGUGCAGCCCCUCCGUAAAAUGUCCGCAGAGUUCAGUGCAUGUCUGAAAGCAUCUUGAGGGAUUUCUGCUUAGUGUGAGCGUCUUGUGCCUGCGCUAACUCUGCGUGCGUGAGACACUGUAAGAAGGUCAAAGAUAUGAGCUCAGCAGCGAUGACACUGUGCAGGUGUUGGUAAAAAAACAACACAAGCUGAUGUCGCUGAAUAGUUCCCUGUUCUGUGGAGGUGUACUAAUUAUCAGCUGUUGUAAGGACAUGAUCUGCAUACAUAUGCAUCUCAGAAGCAGAGUCAUGCCACCGAUCUAAAAUUAGAACUAAACGUCCGCAAAGAUGUCAAAACAACUCCAAAAUUGUGUCAAUCGUUUUAAAAAGACUUCUAAUGUAUUAUGUACAAAUUUCGUAAAAGAUACCACAGUGCUGUAUAUUGAAUCUAAUAUUCAAUAAACUAUUUUGAACUGUA